AUGUCUGAAAUCUCUCUUUUUGAAUCUAGCUUGCUUAGCCCUGAAGUACAAUCUCAAUUGCCUGCUGGCUACACGCUUCGUGCCCUUCGAUCCAAUGACUAUGAGCGUGGAUUUCUUGACGUCUUGACCGUCUUGACGGAAGUAGGAGGCCAUACCAAGGAAGAGUUUACAGAACAAUUCAAUUACAUGAAGAAACAUAACCAUGAAUAUCAUACUAUUACUAUCACCGAGGAUGCCAAAGAUCAAGUUGUUGCCGUCGGUACUAUUCUCGUGGAAAGAAAGUUCGUGCACAAGAAUGGUCUUGUUGGACAUAUUGAGGACAUUGCUGUCAACAGCAACCAACAAGGAAAGAAGUUGGGUUUGAGAAUCAUUCAAGCUCUCAAGUUUAUUGGUGCUCAACGUGGCUGUUACAAAGUCAUCUUGGAUUGUUCAGAAAAGAAUGUACCAUUUUACGAAAAGUGUGGUUUCAAGCAAAAGGAGGUCGAGAUGGCUUGGUACGUUCCUCAAGAAAAGGCUCGUUUGUAA